CCGCGAAAUAGGCUACCUAUUAAGGGCCCAUGUAUGACUUGCGAAUGCUCACUUCUGCAAUGCGCACGCAUCUCGCGAGGUGUCAUCAACAAGACAUCUAGAUGAGGGUGUUGCGCAACCGAUAGGUACCCCGCCUUCCUGUCAGCUACAUAUACGAGGGGUCACCAGCCAUGGAUGGCCAUUACCUGGUACCGAUCAAUACUGCAGUUUCGGGAUGGGCCAACAAACCUCCAUUCCGGCACCGUCCGACACGCGCUACGAAGGCAUCCAUACAUCCCUCUAUCAAACCCUCCCCGAAACAUCAAUCGUGGAUCUCGAGCGGGCCAUACACCUAACUGAGCUUGGUCUUUUCGCUGACGCCCAUUACAUCUAUGACGGCCCCCUCGCGGAACUGAAGGACACGCCCGUCGUUGCCAUCGAGCACGCAGAUGUCUUUUUCCGGCAAGGCAAAUUCAUCCAAGCUGCCGGGGUGCUUCGGCGGGCGCUCGCGGCUGUGGAGAAGGGAGGCUGGGGGUUCUGGCGGAAGAAGUCUGGUGAGAUGGUGCUUAUGAGGAUGUUUCUUGCGACUGUGGAGUAUUGGAGUGAGGGGCAGUUGAAGCCGACUUUGGAGGCAGCGAAGGAGAUGAUACAGUGGCUGGGGAAUGUUGAGGUGGCCGAGUAUACGGAUAUACAGGUCAGCGCUAUGCGGAGAUACCUCCAUGCAAUCCAUAAUAUGGCCCGGAAUUCCAAUUACGUUGACACGCACGUGCACGGCAGUAUUCCCAAGCCAUCAGGGGAAGCCAUUCCAUGGGCGGGUGUUACAGAUCUGUACAAUUCCCUAGUUGCUCGGGGCAACCUCCCGGCAGCUUACGCCUACCUUCGAGUGGCCCGUGCCGUCAUGCCGAUUCCAACCCGUGCAGCAACUUUGGACGGUCUGAUCGAUGCUUGUGAGAAGGCUUAUGCCGCAGCCCCAAGCGAUUAUGUACUUCUGCGAGUCACCCUGAACGCACUGUUUGUUUUGGCGGAAACCUUGAUCGCGAGAGGGCAGGACGAGAGAGCCCUUGAGCAGAUAGUGAAGGCGGAGGGGCUGUGCCGACUGCUUCCGGAUGUUCUCGAUGAGGAGCAGAAACAGAUCAAUGCUCAUGCGAUCAACAUUGCGAUGCUCCGCUUUCGUCUCAUGCCGGGUGACGAUGCGGACCGAAAGUGGGCCGAGGGGACUAGGCUUCUUGCCUUGUUCAAAAAGGCUGGCAACUUCCUUCGGUGGUUCAUAGUGGCUAGUCCGCUGCAAGAAGCCGUUAAUAUCGACAGCGCAGGAAAGCCCUUGUCCGUCGGAAAAAUGGAGGCAUAUAUGAACAUGUUUAGGGAGCGCCAGCAGUACGGGCAUGAAUUUGGCCAUCUCGAGGCACUUCUCUCUGAUCAACAAGAAAUAGUAUCUCACAACUGCGGACAUCUGCCGUCCUUACCAGCGGCUCUGGACUGGUUUCCCGUAUUUUUUCGGAGGUAUCCUAAUUUUGCUAUACCGGGAUAUAUGUUCAGCGCGUGGCAGUGGUGCUCCUUGGGCUAUGCAUUCCUGCAGUCUGAUGAUAUGCAAGAAUUGUGUCAUAAAGAGAUGGAAAAGUGGCGUCCGCAUCUACCCACCUCAGAAACAGCUGCACAGCCUCAGCAGGACCCUACCCGCAACGCACCGAUCCAUUUUGACGACGCCGAUCAAUGGAAUCUUCAGUGGACCAGAAUCGCUCUUCGUCGGGAAGACAUACACAUAAAUGUAUCCGGAAACGAUAACGCCCUGGUUUUGCUGCUGGAACGCAUGCGUACCGACCUGGCAGACGGAGUCGUCACCAGUGAACACUUAUGGAAGAUCCUGCACCCAGCCGCAUACGAACGACGCGAUGACCUCACAUUCCUGCCCGGAGUCAAGGAAGACCUAGCAGGAAUUCUGCAUUCCAUGACACUCGCCGACUUCUAUGACUGUGUGUACGGAGCGGAUGAACUGGUUCCCGCGGCGAUCUGGAACUUCCGCAGGACGCACCUCAAUUCCUGGCUUGAGCGUUACAAAGCGCUGAGCACCUCCACCUGGGAGGAGUUGACUGCCGGGAUCCAUGAAAUAAGAGCUCGAAGCCUCGCGAGGAAGGCAUUCACGCUUAGCGAAGCCACCGAUGCAGAUUCGCUUCGGGGCUUGAAACUUCUGGACGAUGGGAUCGCCACGUACCGGGAGUGUAUCGAAAUAGGAGCCUCGUUUGGACCGAGCUACAAUGUCGCCCUGGAUCGAAUCAAGAAAUACAGGACAAUGAUAGGGAUCUUCCUAUACUUCUCUCUACAUUAUUUUCCCGAGGAGCUUGACCGAGAAAGCUUCCGGCGGCGGCUCGAAGAAGCGCACCAAAAUUACCAGGGUUCAGAUCUAUUUCUUUCAGAGGAUGGUAGAGGAUACAUCUCGUUUUCGGCCGCCAUAUAUCCCAAUAUGGUCGAUCUCGCGUGUUUACGGUAUAAAAUCGGAAUUGCAGAGCCAGACUGGCAACUACAGCCAAUGCAGAGAUUGAGGCAAUUUGAUGCAUCAGCCGGGAGUGCCCGGGCAGGACUUGUCGCUCCUCAUACGCUCGGCCUCGUCGAGGAACUGGGUCUGAGAGAGCAAACUACUGCCCAACAGUUUAAGGAUUCCAUUCCACAGCUCGCAAUAAAGGUCCUUCGGACGGGCUUGCAGCAAGAUGAUCGCGAAGCAAGAGUCGAGCUGUGGGAGUGGCUGCAAAAGGCCAAAGCGCGAAGCCUCGCGGAGAUGAUGAGUCUAUCCGCAAACGCCCCUUCAGGUCUGCUUCAAGAUAUGACAGCUGCAGAAAAUAAACUACUGGAUGAAGACCGUCAAAUACGGGAGUCGAUCGAUAGUUCGAACGGCUCAGAUCGCCACCAUCUCAUGUUUGACCUGGGAAAGCACCGAAAGGAGAUGCUGACGCACCCAAAACUUGCCGCUUUAGUAGCCCUACGAGAGGGUAGUCCGCUAAAGUUUGAAGAACUAUCCGAUCUCGUUCCGCCAGGUAUCGAGGCCCAAAAAGUGGUGUUUGUCGAUUGGUUCGCCCCGCAAGACGAUCGACAUGGCGUAUACCACGGGCUCUCGACCUGUAUUCAGCUUGUGGCAACUCGGACAGAAGGAACCCCCGAGAUCUACAAUACUGGAUUAGCCCUGGGAGAGGUCGAGCGAUUGGUCGAGCAGAUUAUACCACACAACCUGGGCAAACUUAGCAGUAUGGAAACCAUGCAACACAAUUUUGACCCCUUAGUAGCACCGCUGGCGAAAUGCAGUAAUCCAGACGAUGUCCUCAUCUUCUGUCCAACUCGGGUGCUUGGUCAAAUCCCUCUGCAUGCCCUUCGCAUCGACAAAGAGCUCGUGAUCAAGCGUAAUCCAGUAGUUUAUACUCCAAGCAUGGCAGUGAUGCGGUACGCUGGAUUGUCUAGGAAGCCGGGGAAAUCGGGGCUCCCAUUGCCAAGAGCAUCGGCAUUCUUCACAGCGCCCUGGCGGCCGAGCGAGGGCAAAACCGAUGGAGGACAUGUCGCGGAUCUAGCAAAAGCAUUUUCGGCUCCCUUUACGACGAAUGAGAGUGCAACGAAAAAGGUGUUCCUAGAGAAAUCAGAGACGACAAAGCUCAUACACUACCACGGCCACGCCCAGUUGUCCGAGGAUGGUCACCCGCUCGGACAUAAACUCUCUUUUGCGGGCGAUACCGAGGACGAGCACUUUCUCACGGCAAAGGAGAUCUUCUCCCACGCUUUCGGCAAUCGCUCGCACCUAACAAUGAUCGCCUGCAGCAGUGGGCUGGCUCGACAAGCUGUUGGGGAUGAAGUGAUGGGAUUGGUACCCGCCCUGCUCCAUUCCGGCGUGAGCAGUACUAUCUCGACACUUUGGGAUACCGACACCCAAGUCGGGAAACGCUUCUCUCUGAACUUCUACGACGGAUGGACAGACGAUAGCUCAGGCGGGAGGACGACUAUCGAUCUGGCAAGGGCAUUCCAGCGGGCGGUGAUCGCUUUGGCGCAUGAUAGAACCGUGCUGCCGAAUGACAAGUCGUUGAAGGUUAAUACUGCUAAGACGGCGCAGGCGAAGCAACGUGCGGUGGAGGCUCUGAACCCACCGUUGUAUUGGGCAAGUCUUGUACUUACGGGGUGGUGGAUGUUCGAUUUUGGAACGAGAGAGGUCGAGGAGUGGGAGAUUGUCACGAAGGAGUAGUAUAUUGAUGUCGGUGAUGGCUCUGUUAGGUUUCCCUUAUCGCUCUCUAAAUCACAGUCUUUGGCUACACUUGCUCCUACGUAACUGUUAAUCAGUAAUAACAAGAUCGGUGGCCUCCAGGACUAGGUACAGUAGUUGUCGUCAAGAUCGUUGAAAGGUACAAAUAAUAUUGGUGAGCUUACCUAUUUUGCUCGGUUGAUUCGCAAAACACAGCGGAUGACCAGCUAGACAUACCAGACAGAAGCAGAAGUACAUAGGUAUGAAAACAAACAGGAUUCUCGAG